AUGACGACCUCGGCACUGCGCCGGCAGGUGAAAAACAUCGUGCACAACUACUCGGAGGCAGAGAUCAAGGUGCGAGAGGCCACCUCCAAUGAUCCCUGGGGACCCCCCAGCUCCCUGAUGUCAGAGAUCGCUGACCUCACCUUCAACACGGUGGCCUUCGCUGAGGUCAUGGGCAUGAUCUGGCGGCGGCUGAAUGACAGUGGCAAGAACUGGCGUCACGUCUACAAAGCCCUCACCCUCCUGGACUACCUCAUCAAAACGGGCUCCGAGAAGGUCACCCACCAGUGCCGGGAGAACCUCUACACCAUCCAGACGCUGAAGGACUUCCAGUAUGUGGACCGCGAUGGCAAGGACCAGGGCAUCAACAUCCGAGAGAAGGUGAAGCAGGUGAUGGCACUGCUGAAGGACGAGGAGCGGCUGAAGCAGGAGCGGGCACAUGCCCUGCAGACCAAGGAGCGCAUGGCCCUCGAGGGCAUGGGCAGCGCAUCAUCCUCAUCCCCACGGUUUGCCUCCGACCUGGAGCAAGCAAGGCCCCAGACGACAGGCGAGGAGGAGCUGCAGCUGCAGCUUGCGCUGGCCAUGAGUCGGGAGGAGGCAGAGAAGAAGCCACUUCCUCCAAUUUCCAGUACAGACGAAGAAAGGCAAUUGCAGCUUGCGCUCGCGCUGAGCAAAGAGGAGCACGAGAAGGAGGUGAGGGCUUGGCAAGGGGAGAGCUCCCUGGUGCAGAGAACCAUGGAGGAGACUGCCCAGGGCGGGGAGGAAGAGGAGGAAGAAGAUAAGAUGAAGAAAAGCCAGUCCUCUAUCCUGGAGCUGGCAGAUAUAUUUGGGCCGGCGCCAGCCCCCUCCAGCCACACAUCUGCUGACCCGUGGGAUAUGCAAG